GGGGGGCGGUUCGUGGAGUGGACUAACUCUAAGACUCCACUGAUAGGUCUAUAGGCACAGGACAUAUGACUUUGCCUCUUGCAGGUUGCAGUUCAACAGAGAAGCCAAGCUGACUGAGACGGACAUCAUGGAAAAAUACAGUCUUGUAAAGGGGAAAAUGGAAGGGAUGGCGGAUAAACCGUGCUGCUAUCUCAUCUAUGAUAGGGGAAAAAACAUUGGGAAUUGAUGAAGGAAGCUGUUAGGAUCAACAAGUCCUACGCCAACCUGCUUGCUUCGGACAGAAAUCUAAAUGUGAAAGUUCUGCUGUCAUAAUUAAAUUGGAUCUAAACAUGUGUACAUGCAUGCGUAUGUAAUAAUCAAUAUGACAUGCCAAGGGAAAGAAGAAGAUAUUUGAGAACAUGCCAAUACUUUAUUCGCUUAUAGUCUUCGACUUUUCAUUAUCCUUUAGUUUUGUUCUUCAUUUUUUGGGAUCCAGUAACAGUUCCACUGUAUUUUCUUUGAUCAUAUUUUCUUCUUUUUCAGUUUGCCACUUGCUAGUAGGACCACUGAGUAAAGUUUUCCAGGAUUCUGAAAUGGAGUCGUUGGAUUGGGAAGCCCUAAUAUUCACAUCCAUGAACGUGGGAGAGAGUCCUAAACAUGCACGGAUCUCGUUUGCUCACAUGAACGCAGAAUCAAUUUACAGUAAUCAGAAUUCUUGUAACCAGACAUGCGAAGCUGCCUGCCUCAUGAAUUUACAAAGAAAAUGGUUCUUAAGGGCAUCAAUCUACUUUGGUUUAAAAUCAAGGGUUUCCUUGCAAUAUUGGGCGCUGAUCAACUACCAGACACUCAAAACCAACUACCUCAAUUUUCUUCAGGAGGGAUUGAUAAUGCUAGCCCAGCAUCCAGAAGAGCGACAGACAUGCAGUGGAAGGUGAUUGGAAGCGAGAAGCAUGUCUUUCAUUGGCAUUCUGAUUUCUAUUCUGUCAGCAAGAGAAGAGUACCAAAUGGACCUGAUCCAAUCCAUAACAGGAGAGUGGAGAAUUCCAAACAACCACCAGUUCGAGCCUAAGCAAAUCGAGGAGAUAGAUCAGCUGCAGAAAAGGCUCAGAAAUGAACAGUUAAUUUUUUUUUUUUACCUGUAAGUAAAUGGUUUUUAUUUUUAUUUUUAUGCUCUCCAUCAAGGAUAGAUCCUGCAUUGAGACUUUUGUCCCCUAAAGCACUGACAUGGCAACUGUUCUUAGUGGGUUUUUGGGGGUAAAGAGAUUUUGCAUAACUUUCCCAGAAAAAAUUUCAGUUGUUAGUAGUCAUCAUUUAUUCGAUCUAAGAUGCAAAGUUUUUGUUUUUCUCGGAAUUUGAAGUUAUUAUAUUUUGUUUCUUGUCGUUCA